CGGUCUCUUGUAUGGCUAUAAAGAGCCGAUUGACACUGAUCCGUAUGACCAUCAUCUCUCUCUGGAAUUUGUCUCCUGCAAUCUGCUGCUUCCAUGGGUUUCUGGUCGCCUUUGGAUGCCAUGAAAGCUUACAUGCAUACCCUUCAGCUGUGUAAGGACUACUACUCGGAGGAGGAGGGCGCCACAAGAUCCUCCAAGAUCGUCGAACCCGAGUGCAUGGAGUACAUAUCCGCCCUCGCGGCGGGCAACCAGGCGCGGUCGAUGGUGGACAUCGAAUCCGGCGGCAUGUCACCGGCCAUCCUCGCGCUGGCGGCGGCCGCUCGGCAGACCGGAGGCCGGGUCGUCUGCGUGCGCCACGAGCAGGCCCACCUCGAGGCACUGAGGAGACAAAUCGAGAGCCUCGACCUGGCAGACGUGGUGGAGUGCAAGCGCGGGGAGCCGCUGGAAUCGAUCAGGCAGCUCGAGAGCGUGGACUUCGCCGUCGUCGAUCACAGGCUGGAGCACUGCAGGGAGCUGGUCUCGGCCAUCGACGUGAACCCCCGUGGCUCGGUGGUGGUGGUGAGCAACCUGUUCCAAGGAAGAAGAGCCGCCGCGUCAUAUGGCCAGCUAGUGAAGGAGAGAGCAGUGGCCAAGUCCGUUGUGCUGCCUUUUGGCGAUGGAAUGGAAGUGACGAGAAUAGGAAGGGCCGCGAAGCAUGGCUGCCAUGGUGGCAGGAGAGUUACGAGGCAGUUUGUGGUCUAUUACGAAGACAGCAAUUUGGCCAUUUAAGUGUGUAUAUAUAUAUAUAUAUAUGUAUAUGUAUAUAUGUGUAUAUGUAUAUAUAUGUAUAUGUAUGUAUAUGUAUAUAUAUGUAUAUAUAUAUGUUGACCGUAUUUAAUAAAAGUCAAUAAAGAAAUGAUAAUUAACUUAAAUCAACGA